GUCUUUGCGCACGGGGCCCGACGAGAGCGCAGGUCAUCGGCGCAUCUGCGCCGGCUCCUCGGGGCCCCGCCGCCUCGGAGGGUGGGGCUGGCGGGGAAGGAGGGAGGCACCUCCUGGGCUGGCGCUGUCGGGACCUGCACCCAGCGGCUCCUCCGGGACGGGAAGAGGUGGCGGCGGCGGCGGCGGCAGCAGCAGAGACGGCGCCCGGCUUGAGAAGGAGCGAGUGAGUAGCGCGUGGAUUUGGGCACCAUCAAAGACUUAUCGGGUGGGGAUCUGGGGCAGCCCGGGUGGCCGGGGCUGGUGCCAGCGCGCUCGCGAUUUCCCAGGCUGCUUGCGGAAGGGAAGCGCGCGAUUCGGAGCAGCUCAGUCAGUGGGAACACCUGCGCCGUUGCUAUGCUAUGGGGAGUGGGGAGCGCGCGGGUUACUUCCAGAGGGCGGGAAGCGUGCGACUCGAGAGUUGCAGCCGUACGUCUCCCAGUUCUUGGGAAGGCACUAGAGGAGGCCGUGCACACGUACUGCUGUUUAGAUUAUUAUUAAAGCUUUUUUCGUGAUCUAGAAAACUUAAUGUAAACAAAAACAAAUACAAAAAGUAUCUGAAUGGAGUCCUCUCUAAAAGAUAGUUCUUAACACUUACCGCCCACAGAAGUUAGUAGACCCUCCCAGCUCUCAUAUAUAUAUAUAUGAAAUAUCAAUUUAUGUACCGCCUUUAUCGAACAAUCCCAGGACAGUGUACAACAUUAAGAGCACACAAACACAUAUAUAGGUAGAUGCUUGUAAACUGCUGGGAGAGCUUUUUCUUUCCUUUUCAAAAGAAUAAAUCUUCUAAGUAGAUCAAAUAAUAUGGAUAGCAUAUCAGAGCGGUACCUAUUUAUCUACUUGCACUUUGAGGUACUUUCGAACUGCUAGGUUGGCAGGAGCUGGGACUGAGCAAUGGGAGCUCACCCCAUCGCGGGGAUUCAAACCACCGACCUUCUGAUCAGCAAGUCCUAGGCUCUGUGGUUUAACCCACAGCGCCACCCGCAUCCCAUGAUAGAUAGAUAGAUAGAUAAAUAGAUAGAUAUAAUUGCUUGUGCACUGCCUGAAGAGCUUUUUCUUCUUUUCUUCACGGUUUGAGCUUAUUGCACUGAUCCUGGUCUGACUGCACUGGCUGCCAGUUAGCUUCUGGUCCCAAUUCAAAGUGCUGGUUUUGACCUAUAAAGCCCUAAAUGGCCCAGGACCACAAUACCUCAAGGACUGCCUCUCCUCAUAUGAACCAACCGGACCCUGAGAUCAAUCUCUGAGGCCGUUCUUUGUGUGUCUCCUCCACAACACAAGAAUGGGCCUUUCCUGUGGUGGCUCCCUGCUUGUGGUGACUCACCUGGUGCCAAUCAUUACAUAUCUUUAGGUGCCAGGUGAAAGUGCUUCUCCUCCACCAGGUGUUCAGCUGAUUAACAUUCUAUGGCUUUUUAAAUGUGUUUGUGGGAAGGAGGUUGUAAGUUUUUGUUUUAUUCUGUAUUUUGUGUUCUCAAUUUGUAUUUUUCUGUUGUCAGCCUCUCUAGGAUGUUCAGAUGAGGGGUAGUAUACAAAUAUAAUAGAUGAUGAUGAUGAAUGAAUGAAUCUUCUAAGCAGAUUAAAUAAUAUGUAGAGCCAUAAGGGUGAUUGCUCUAACAAACAUGGUUUCCAGCACCCAAAUUUCCUUCCACAGGAGCACCUUAAAAGAUUGCAGAUUUAAUGGACUUUCAAGUCUUGAAUAAACUAUUGGGAGGGGAGUGGUGUGUGUGUGUGUGUGUGUGUGUGUGUGUGUUUGGGGGGAGGGGAGUGUUAAAGAAAAAGACAUGACCUUGAAAACAAGAGACAUCUGGUAUAUUUAUUGAGUUUGAUGGAUAGCAGAGGAUUUUCUUUUGUUGUUGCUGGGUCACAGAGUUCAGGAAAAUAAUAGUUCAUAGAAGCUCCUUGGAAUUUAAUUAGUGGUUCUUCCUGUUUAUUGGUGGGGGGAAGAUUCCAAGGAUUGAGUUGAAUGGGAUGUAUCCACAGAAUCUCUCCAGAAAAGGCAUCCCCAUUGAAAACUAUGGAAUGCACUUCAGGAUAUAAUAUCAUAUAAUAAUAAUAAUAAUAAUAAUUUUUAUUUAUAUCCCACCCUCCCCAGCCGAAGCCGGGCUCAGGGCAGCUAACAACAAUAAAAUAAUACAACAUUCUAAAAUUAUUUAAUUAUAAAAUUAAUUCAAAUCAAAUUGAUGGCAACCACGUUUUUGGUUGUAACCAGUAAUUAUUUAGAAAUAAUUACUGUUAUUUAUUAAAUUUGCAUGCCGCCCUAUACCCACAGGUUUCAGGGCAGUUCACAACAUAAAAUCACAAUAUAAAAACAAAAAAUGCAUAAUCAAAACAGAAACAAAAGCAACCCAAGAACCCACACACCUAUCACAUUUUAAAAGGGCAUUGGACGUCAAUCAGCCAAAGGCCUGGUUAAAGAGGAAUGUUUUUGCCUGGAGCCUAAAGGUAUAUAAUGAAGGCACCAGCCGAACAUUCAUGGGAAUAUCUCCAGUUGGCUUCAGUCAUCCUGGUCCUAAACCAGGUGAAGUGGCCUCACAGCUGGGUAACUGUGCAAGAAAAAAAAAGUCUCUCUUUUUCCCCUUCGCCUCCUUUCUUUCUGAACAGAUGUUGACUUUUCUUCCAUUCUUGAGCCUCUGGGAUUUUCAGUAGCAAUAUGACUUCGUCGAAUGAAUAUGGUUCCAGUUCCUGGGAGCUCAUUGUUGCUAUCGAUCACCAGUGCGGAGGGGAGCAAAAGGAAAGCAUCCUCCAAGUAUCAGGAGAUCUUCACAUUGGAGGAGUGAUGCUUAAGCUUGUGGAACAAAUCAGUGAGUUCAAAGAUAUAUACUUUUCUGUAUAUGCACCAAGGCAGAACAUUUUGGUUAAUAUCCUUAUAUGGGCAGUUUCUUCAAGUGUCACUAUACAACAACUCUUCAUUGGUGCUCAUGGUUUUUUUUUGGGGGGGUAGGAUGUGUCCUGUUUAAGCUAUUGCAGGAUGAACCCUUUUUGGUAAUAAAGGGCUGGAUUCAACAACUAAGUAGUUGCACUAGUGGGAGUUAGUGCAAGAAGUCCCAUUAGUGCAACAGGGCUCCCGCUACCCCCAAAAUUGGCUGUGGGGGGGUCAGGAGAACCCCCAGAAUGGUGUGCAUGGGGAGAAGAGGGGAGAUUAUUCUGUGUGACAAGCAGAAAUGUUUGCACUGACAGAAUGACUCAGUAGUGCAAGACUUCAGUGCCUCCCAAUGCUUUUAAUCUUUGGCUGCAUUCUAAUUUUAUAUUGUACGUUUUGUUUUGCUUUUAAAUUGUAAGCUACUAGAGAGAGAGAGAGAGAGAGAGAGAGAGAGAAAUAUUUGUAGCAAGCGACAAUUAUAAUUAAUAGUAAUGCUUGGAUGACUUGCAGUAGACCAGUGAUGGCCAAACUUGGCCCUCCAGCUGUUUUGGGACUACAGUUCCCAUCAUCCCUGACCACUGGUCCUGUUAGCUAGGGAUGAUGGGAGUUGUAGUCCAAAAACAGCUGGAGGGGCAAGUUUGGCCGUCACUGCAGUAGACAGUCAAGAGAUUCCGGCUUUCGUUGAUUAACAAGAGCAACAACCAAAGGCUUGUUCUUCCUUCUUUCAAAUUAGGCUUUCAGCUGAUUGUCGGGGCUUCCAAGUGUCGUGCCCCACAUGUGGCGAAAAGAGGUCACUUGAGGUCAUGGUGACAUCAUGGGAUAGACAGAUAGGCAGCCGCACCUACCUAUCAAACUUGGGGAACUGGGAAAAAUAAGGAUCCGGCUCACCCGCCUAAGUGCAAAGUAGAGCAAGGUGGAUUGAUUCGUGUUUACAUAAGAAGGCUUAUAGUGGUACCUGUUCUUUGAACUCAGGGAUGGGAAACCCGCAGCCCUAAAAAUGUUGUCCCACUACAACUCCCAUCAUCCCUGACCAAUCACCUUUAGCAGGUUGUUAACACUUGUGCUUGGUUUUGUUGUUUUCCCCAGGAGUGUCGCAGGACUGGUCAGACUAUGCCCUUUGGUGGGAGCAGAAGCAGUGCUGGCUUCUCAAAACUCACUGGACGCUGGAUAAGUAUGGGGUGCAAGCAGAUGCCAAGCUGUUGUUCACUGUUCAGCACAAAAUGUUGCGCCUCCGUCUGCCGAGCAUGAAGACGGUGAGGCUGAACGUCAGCUUCUCGUCUGUGGUCUUCAAGGUAGUUGGAGACAUCUGCAGGACCCUUGGUAAGUGUGGACUCUCCAAGACUCUGGGCAGUUAUAUUUGGUGACCUGAAUAUGUGUUGCUAACACAAUUGUUGUUGUUGUUUAGUCGUGUCCGACUCUUUGUGACCCCAUGGACCAGAGCACGCCAGGCACUCCUGUCUUCCACUGCCUCCCGCAGUUUGGUCAAACUCAUGUUUCUAGCUUCAAGAACACUGUUCAACCAUCUUGUCCUCUGUCGUCCCCUUCUCCUUGUGCCCUCCAUCUUUCCCAGCAUCAGGGUCUUUUCCAGGGAGUCUUCUCUUUUCAUGAGGUGGCCAAAGUAUUGGAGCCUCAGCUUCAAGAUCUGUCCUUCCAGUGAGAAGGCGCCGGGACCGGACGGCCUUCCGGCUAAAUAUUAUAAAACAUUAAUUAACCAAAUAUCACCAGUGCUGGGAGAGGUUAUGAACAAUAUAUUGAGAGAAGGAAAGAUACCUAAUACCUGGAAGGAAGCCUAUGUUAUAUUGAUCCCUAAAAAAGAGGUGGACACUAUGGAAGUAAAGAACUAUAGGCCAAUCUCAUUAUUAAAUAAUGAUUAUAAGCUAUUUGCAGACAUAAUGGCGGAAAGAUUAAAGAAGGUCUUGAUUAAUAAAAUUCAUGGUGAUCAAACAGGAUUUCUCCCAGGGAGACAAUUACGGGAUAAUGUAAGGAAUUUGAUUGACAUUAUUGAAUACCUGGACAUGAAAAUAGACAGAAAAGCCGCACUGGUUUUCAUAGACGCCGAAAAGGCAUUUGAUAAUGUUUCCUGGAACUUCCUAAAGAAGGCUUUGGAAAGGAUGGGAAUUGGCGAAAAAUUUAGAAGAGGCAUAGAAGCAAUAUACAAAGAACAGAAAGCAAAGCUGGUGAUAAAUAACAAUACAACAGAAUAUUUUAACAUUUAUAAAGGGACCAGACAAGGUUGCCCCUGUCCCCCUUAUUAUUUAUUGUAAUUUUGGAAGUACUUAAUAAGAGACUGAGGGGGCAACAGAAGUGAAAGGAAUUAGAGUAGGAAAGAAGGAAUUCAAAAUUAAAGCCUUUGCCGACGAUAUUGUUUUGACUUUGGAAGAUCCACAAGAUAGUGUAAAAGAAGCAUUACAAAAAAUUGAGGAAUUUGGAGAGGUGGCAGGUUUUAAGGUAAACAAGAAUAAAACUAAAAUGCUGGUUAAAAAUCUAACUAAGGAAGAAACGAAAGAUCUAGAACAAAAAGUGGAAAUCAUGGUGGUGAAAAAAGUGAAAUAUUUGGGAGUGUGGAUUACGGCAAAAACAUAAACCUAUAUAAAGAUAAUUAUGAAGUUACAUGGAAAAAAAUAAAGAAAGAUCUGGAAAUAUGGGUGAGGAUGAAAUUUUCCUUUUUAGGGAAGAUAGCAGUGGUUAAAAUGAAUGUUUUGCCGAGGAUGUUGUUUUUAUUUCAAACUCUUCCAGUUAUUAAAGGUCUAAAACAAUGUAAAGAAUGGCAGAGAACCCUGAUGAAAUUCAUCUGGCAGGGGAAAAGACCAAGGAUUAAAAUGAAAAUACUAAUUGAUAAAAAGGAAAGAGGAGGUUUUGCCCUCCCAGAUUUGAGCCUAUAUUAUGAAGCAGCGUGCCUACUUUGGCUAAAAGAUUGGAUAAAAUUGGAGAACAGAGACCUACUGGAUUUAGAAGGUUUCAAUAACCGGUAUGGGUGGCACGCAUAUCUCUGGUACGAGAAGGUGAAAGUCCACAGGGCUUUCUUAAACCAUAUUUUCAGGGGACCAAUAUAUCAGGUCUGGGAAAGAAAUAAGAACCUUCUCGAAAGAAAAACACCAUGGUGGAUUUCACCAGUAGAGGUCUUAACAAUACAAAAAACCAACAUGGAAGGGAAGACAGCCACCUACGAAGAUUUGCUAAGAAAAUCAGAACAAGGGCCUAAACUUAAACCGUAUGAGGAAAUAAAGGAUCAAUUCACCGGCUGGCUACAAUAUCAUCAGGUGAAUGAUAUGUUAAAACAAGAUAAAAGAAAAAUGGGCUUUGAGGACAAGAAAUCAAAAUUCAAUAUAGAAAUAAUAGAAGGCAAAAACAAAACAUUGUCUAAAUUAUAUGACAUAUUACUGGAAUGGCAUACAAAAGACGAGGAAGUCAAAGAGGCAAUGAUUAAAUGGGCAAUUGACUCGGUUAUAACAUCGAGUUUGAAAAGUGGUUGAAAUUGUGGAAUAGAGACAUUAAAUUUACGGCCUGUACGAGUUUGAGAGAAAAUGUUUGGAAAAUGCUCUAUAGAUGGUAUCUUACGCCGGCAAAAUUGGCUAAAAUCUAUAGAUCAGAAAAUAAGACAUGCUGGAAAUGUGGUGAAGUGGAGGGAGACCUCUACCAUAUGUGGUGGCAAUGCAGCAAGGUGAAGGUUUUUUGGGAAGCAAUUUAUAAUGAACUUAAAAAGUUUUUAAAUACACUUUUCCCAAGAGACCUGAGGCCUUUUUGCUGGGAAUAAUGGGUAAGGAAAUAAAAAUGAAGAUAAAAAAUAUUUCUCUAUGCCACCACAGCCGCAAGAAUUAUGCUGGCACAAAACUGGAAAAUAGAAACUAUUUCUAACAUAAGUGACUGGCAGGUCAAAAUGAUCAACUAUGCCGAGCUAGAUAGAUUAACAGGCAGAAUACGAGACCAAGACGACCAGAAAUUUCAAAAAAAUUGGAGUAAGUUUUGGAAAUAUAUUGGAACGGAUAUAUAGGAGGAACUGGCGGUAUUAGAAAAACUUUAUCAGCUAAUAACUAUAAACUUUAAUAAACUAAUUACGCAACCGGGACUUAUUUGAUACUUACCAAAAGGGUGAAGGGAAGUCAAAGGCUAAGGAGAGCCUAAUGGUUAUAUUAUUAUUUUUGUAUGAACGUAUGCUUUCUUUUUGUAUAGUAUGAAAAUAGGAUGAAUAAUUUAUGUUAAAAUGUUUAUUUUUGUAUUUGUUAGUUCUUUUUUCUUUUCUUUAUACAAAUUCUGAAUAAAAAUUUACUUGCAAAAAAAAAAAAAAAAAAAGAUCUGUCCUUCCAGUGAGCACUCAGGGCUGAUUUCCUUCAGAAUGGAUAGGUUUGAUCUUCUUGCAGUCCAUGGGACUCUCAAGAGUCUCCUCCAGCACCAUAAUUCAAAAGCAUCAAUUCUUUAUGGUUCAGCUCUCACUUCCAUACAUCACUACUGGGAAAACCAUGGCUAUAACUAUACGGACCUUUGUUGGCAAGGUGAUGUCUCUGCUUUUUAAGAUGCUGUCUAGGUUUGCCAUCGCCUUUCUCCCAAGGAGCAGGCGUCUUUUAAUUUCGUGACUGCUCUUUGCUAACACAAUUAGUAGUAUACAAAGAUGCAUUAUAUACUGAGUCAGACAAUUGUUCCUUCUAACUUAGUACUACCUGCACUGACUAGUAGCUGUUCUUUAUAGACAUAUAUAUAUAUAUAUAUAUAUAUAUAUAUAUAUAUAUAUAUUAUUGAUUUUAACAUAUAAAUUAUAAAAUGUACCACAAAACUUAUCACUUACACAGUCUUUUUAGACUUCCAUCAGCACCUCUGAUGAUCCACCGUUUUAACCACUCCUUAUGCAUUUCUUAUUUGUUUCGCCAAUUAAAUCCAGAUUUUUUAGUGUUUAGGAGUCCACCGCUAUGCCGAACAAGCUUGAGGCUGAGCUUCUCGAGGGUAGAAAAUGGCGUCCCACGCCGGCGUCUCAAUCUCGCUGCUCUUUUUGCUCCUUAAAGGAGCAUUUUUUGGCAGCGGAGAGAUCGCUCUAUGGCUUGCAGGGAUCCUGUCCUCAGGAUCUUCCUCCUGUGGCUUUUGGGGGGCUUGCAGCGCCCUUGCAAAAACCCCGUUUCCCCCCAAAAGCUGGAUUCUCCCCAGAGGGCUGAAUCCCGCUUGCAAAUCAGCUCCGCGGUAAACCAGAAGUGUGACUAGCAGCAGUUCUGCAGGUUUUCAGACAAGGCUGCCUCCCAAUGCCUGUGUUCUGCCAUUGACCUAUGUCCCUUCCCACAAUUGCAAUCCCUUCCAUAUCUUUUGCCUUGUGGUUGGCUUCCCACGAAACCACUCUGUGCAAAGGAUGGAAACAGAACAACAUCUGGCUUUGGUAAAUUUCGCUCUAUGUUGUUCGGUGCGGGUUAUAAUUCCUAAGGCUUGUUUGAUGAUCUAAGAAUGAGCUUUCUGCUUCUGUGAUUAAAGGAAAGAGUUUCUUCUUCAGUUAUCUGUGUUACCCAUAUAUAGAUAUUCUAUACAGUGGUACCUUGGUACCCAAACGGCUUGCCUCGUGAACGCCGCAAACCCAGAAGUGAGUGUUCUGGUUUGCGAACAUUUUUCAGAAGCCAAACAUCCGACGCGACUUCCUUGGCUUCCAACUGAGUGCAGGUGUCUGGAGUCGAACGGACUCCCAGAAAAAAUAAAGUUUGACAACCAAGGCACCACUGUACUGUUUGUUUCAGUGGGUUAAUCCCAAGCUAAUUGGAUGAAAGCCCAAUACAGUGGUACCUCGGGUUACAUACGCGUCAGGUUACAGACGCUUCAGGUUACACACUCCACUAAGCCAGAAAUAGUGCUUCAGGUUAAGAACUUUGCUUCAGGAUGAGAACAGAAAUCGUGCUCCGGCGGCGCGGCAGCAGCAGGAGGCCCCAUUUGCUAAAGUGGUGCUUCAGGUUAAGAACAGUUUCAGGUUAAGAACGGACCUCCGGAACGAAUUAAGUACUUAACCCGAGGUACCACUGUACUAGUCAGAGUUGCUACCAUCAUUCAUUGUCUCCUCUGCAUUCUACAAGGCUUUUCAUCCAUGCACCUUUCAGUUGCAACUCUCAUUGCUCCAGAAAAACCUUUUCCAAGUUGCCAGGGUCAGGGGGAAGUUUACAGAGCAACACCCCAUGUGGAGCUGUCACAGGAAGGAAAUAUGGUCCUCCUCACCCAGGGUGGAUAAAAAUCAUAGAUUUUUUUUAAAAAAUCAAAUAAAAAAAUUGGAUUUUAAAAAUGUAAAUCAAUUUUUUUUAAAAAAAAUCGGAUUUUUAAAAUAAAAUGCUUUUGGAGGAAAAAUCUUUCUAAAGAUACUUUUCUAUUUAAGUUGCGUUAUAGUCCAAAGGCUAUAUCAUCAGGAAAUAAGGAUUUGUUUUAAGUUUUUCAUGUGUGCUAAAACUCAGUCUAAGGGGUUUUUUUUAAAAAAAAAAAGUUUAACCACAUCAGUUAACAAAAAUGGAUACAUAUGCUAUAAUGUUUUAUUGUUUUAAUUAAAUAAAUUGUUUAAAUUGUUAUUAAGGAAAUGGUUAUUUUUCUCCUUCCGAUAAAGUACAGCGGAAAAGUUGUCCAAAUGUAAAGAGUUAACCUCCCAAUCAUUUCAUAAUUUUAUGUCAAUGUAUUUCUAAGAGUAUAACCAAAUAAGUCAUUUUUUUAUAUAACUGUAAAAACUACUCUGAAAAUUUAUUAUUCCAAAAAUGAAACCUUCAUCUGAUUGCAAAUAUUAAGAUUAUACCAGCAAGAAUGACUCUUUCUGUAAAAAAAAUGAUUUAAAUCAAGUCUUACUGACUAGUGAUUUAAAUUGUGAUUGAUUUAAAUCUAAUCGAUUGAUUUAAAUCAAAUCCCCCCUGUCCUCACCUGUGCGUUAUUAUUAUUAUUAUUUGAAUCUAAAUAAGCACUUUCUGCCCAUAUACCGUAUUUUUUUGCUCUGUAGGACUCACUUUUUCCCUCCUUAGAAGGAAGGGAAAAUGUGUGUGCGUCUUAUGGAGCAAAUGCAGACUGCGCAGCUAUCCCAGAAGCCAGAACAGCAAGAGGGGUUGCUGCUUUCGCUGCGCAGUGAUCCCUCUUGCUGUUCUGGCUUCUGAGAUUCAGAAUAUUUUUUUUCUUGUUUUCCUCCUCCGAAAACUAAGUGCGUCUUGUGGUCUUGUGUGUCUUAUAGAGCGAAAAAUACGGUAUGUAAGGUUGGUUGUGAUCUACAAUCAGCUUUUCAAACAGCCCAGGAACCUCUUUACUUUUCUGAACAGUGUUCCUCUUUUCUCCACCCGACGCUGCAUUGCAGACGGCUUUGGGUGGUAUUUCAAUUAUGGUUUAUGUUGUGGAGCAGUUAUCCUUUGUUGCAUGGAAGGAGCUGCUGUAUGCACUUCUUUAGAUCAGAGGUUCUAUCUGUAGAAAAGGGACGCGGGUGGCGCUGUGGGUUAAACCACAGAGCCUAGGACUUGCCGAUCAGAAGGUCGGCGGUUCGAAUCCCCAUGAUGGAGUAAGCUCCCGUUGCUCGGUCCCAGCUCCUGCCAACCUAGUAGUUCGAAAGCACGUCAAUGUGCAAGUAGAUAAAUAGGUACCGCUCCGGCAGGAAGGUAAACGGCGUUUCCGUGCGCUACUCUGGUUCACCAGAAGCGGCUUAGUCAUGCUGGCCACAUGACCCGGAAGCUGUACGCCGGCUCCCUCGGCCAGUAAAGCGAGAUGAGCGCUGCAACCCCAGAGCCAGCUACGACUGGACCUAAUGGCCGGGGUCCCUUUACCUUUACCUUUACUAUAUGUAGGCUAAGCCAGACCCCACCUAGAAUACUCUGGGCACGGCUGUUCAAAGAAGGCUAACGGGAGCAGGAACCACCCUGAGAUCUACAGAUAAAGGGCAGUAUAUUAAAUAAAUUAAUAAGUAGAGAAGAGGGCAACAAAGACAGUGAGGGGCACGGGGAGCAAGUCCAAAGAGGAAACACUGAAUGAAUGAUUUGGGUGUCUGACUCAGUUAGCUCAGUCAGUAGAGCAUGGAACUUUUAAUCUCAACGUUGUGGGUUCGUCAAAAGAUUCCUGCAUUGAAAGCAGUUUGGACAAGAUAGCAGAAGAACUCUCACCUAGAUUCUGGGCAGAUUUAUUUCCUGUUGCUCCAGAGAGUAGGACUUGAACAAUUGGGUUUGAAUUAUAAGAAAAAAGAAUAUAAGGAAAUGUGGCAAAUUCCUCUGAGGGAAAACCUUACCUUUCAAGUUAAGGCUCAAAGAAACAGAUAAUUUUUAUGCUAUAUGGUAUAAAUUUAUUGAGCAUAUAACUUAAGUCCGAGGGCAUUCUUCACCCUCCCACAACUCUCGGAAGAUUAUGGACUAUAUUUGGCACGGAUACGGAAGCACCUUGUUGUUGAUUUAACAUUUGAUUGUCCCACACUUGUUUGUUUCAUUUGUUUUGAAUAUUUUUCUAUGUGUUUUAUUUUUAUGUACCUUAAACUUGACGUAAAAACGUAAUAAUAAUAAUAAUGUUAUUCCAAAAAAGAAAGAAAGAAUAGAAACAUUUUCUCUCAGAAAAGAAAGAGGAUAUAGACUAAACGUUAGGGACCUAUUUUAUCCAGAAAAAAUCUCAAAUAUAUACCUUGGUUAAUGUGAAGCAGAGAUGAAUAUCAGACAGAUAGACAGACGGAGUAUACACAGACACACACUGGGGUUUCCUCCCCAUCUCGCUUCGCUGCCCCACCUAUUUGUCAAAACCAUUGCCAACUAUCCUUCCCCCAUACUUAAUCAACCCCCCUCACUUUACACUUCAACGCCACACCCCCCAUGAGCAACUCUGGAUUUGUUUUUACGAAGAAAAAUGGAAUGCACCAUUGCAAUGAAAUUAUUUACCGUAUUUUUUGCUCUAUAGAACUCACUUUUUCCCUUCUAAAAAGUAAGGGGAAAUGUGUGUGUGUGUUAUGGAGCGAAUGCAGGCUGCGCAGCUAUCCCAAAAGCCAGAAUAGCAAGAGGGAUUGCUGCUUUCACUGCGCAGCAAUCCCUCUUGCUGUUCUGGCUACUGUGAUUCAGAAUAAUUUUUUUCUUGUUUUCCUCCUCCAAAAACUAGGUGCGUCUUGUGGUCUGGUGCGUCUUGUAGAGCGAAAAAUACGGUAUCUAUCUUUAGAGAGAGAUGAGGAGGAGUGGUUCUGAAACUGUCAAAAUGGCAGUGAUAACGCACCAUCUUCCUACUGGUACAAAUCUCACAGAGUUAAUGGCGUUUGCAUCAACACGGCAGCUUGAGGUUGCUGCCUCAACCCAAUAAGGCUGCUUUAAGGCCAUGAAUUUCGGAACGACCGCAGUGCAUAUCGUUCACAUCUCCUGUGGCAUGUGAAUUAACACGCACGCUCCCCAGGGAUGGAAUUUGUCACCCCGAGCCAUAUUAACAGCUGUGCAAUUCACUAUCUAAAUUCCUAGCGCAUGAUUGUAAACCUGUCUUGAGUGUCACAAUUACUAUGAUGAAAGCCCCAGAUAUUGCUCAACUGGAAUUUGGCUCUUCAGUCUUCCUAACCACAAAUAACAGUUAUGGAGCAGAUAAAUUAGUUCAGCCUGCGGGAGAAUAUGUGUGACCAAAUUAACAGAAUAAAAGCAUUGUUUGGCUAUAAGACCGUAAUUAAAGAAGAAGGGAAAGUAGGAAGAGCCUAAUGCAAUUGAUUGUGUUUUCAGAACACUGCAGUACUUCUGCUACAAUAUCAGCAGUUAGUUCUAUUGCUUGAGUUGACUGACGAAAUAAAAUUGGGUCAAUCAUACACAUCAGACCAUGUUUGUUCUACAUAUGCAGAGAUGCAGCCCUGCAGUUCUCAUCCGUGCACCUUGGUCAAGCAAGCAAGGAGAAUGUUCCCAUACAUUGGGAAAAGGAAAGAAAACAACACACAGUAUUUCUUGUUUGAAUUGCCAGCUCGUAGGUAGUCAGGUUCAUUUUUAUUUUAUUUUUAUUUAUUUCCAAGGUUCCCCCUCCCCUAAAAAUAACUUUUAUUAAUAUAAAAAUUAUUAAUAUUAAAUAUUAAUAUAAAAUAUAAAAAUUUGAGGAAAAGAAACAUAACGUUCAUGUGCUGCCCUUUGGUAUAAUAAAUUUGUCCAGGGAGGGUUGCAAAGGAAAUAUUGUAAGCAUAGGCAAGGCUGCAAGAGCUCAACCAAAUUUGUCAAAGCUCCGGAAGCACAAAUGAGGGAAGCUUUUUCAGCCUGAUCUCAUCAAAGAUGUUUCCAUUUUCAUCUUCCAAAACUCCGUCCCAGGUAUCAGACGUUCAGAAGAACUCUCUCUACUGAGACCAUCGGAAGAUGUGAAAAAGAAAAAGAGAAAAGACAAAGACAAAGAACCAGUCAUAGAAGAUAUUUUAAAUCUGAACAACUCUCCUGUGAGUUUGGGAUUGCCAGGUAAAUAACCCAACAGACACUACUGAGUUUAUUUACUUACUUAUUUGGUGCCAUCAGUGUGCGUAGUGUUUCACAGAGCAGCAACAAGAAAGGAGGUCCCUGUCCUAAGGAGUUUGCGAUCUUUAAAUUUGUCACAAGCGACAGAGGAAAGAGAGGGAAGGAAACAUGUUGAGUUGAUAGGAAGGCUUGCUUUCGGUAGCAGGUGAGCAUUAUGGGGGUUGUACCAAAACCUGAAUUAGUUUUUCAAACUGUUUUUUUAGCUUUUGAAAUCAUGUUUUAUUUGAUUUUACAAAUGGAAAUUAGUUACAAUACCAAAUACAUAUCCAUAAAAUGAGAUUUCUCUGACUCUCGAGACUUCCACCCCCAUCCACUCCAUGGGUCCUAUUGUCAACAUUUCUGACUGCAUAUUACUUCAUAAUCUAUGUUUUAUAACUAUCCAUAUUGUCCAUAGUAUUUGUGGCAUUACAAGUGAGAUUAAAAUCCUGCUAAUGUUUUCAUCUGCUUACAGUGGUCUCCUAAAUAAAUUAGAAACUUUCCCCAUUCUUUCUUGAAUUUCUUCUUGGUCUCUGAGUUACUUUCCCCAUUCUUUCUUGAAUUUCUUCUUGGUCUCUGAGUUUCCCAGUCAGUUUUGCCAUCUCAGCAUAGUCUGACAAUUUAGUUUGCCAUUCCUCUCUGGUGGGGACUCUUUCUUCUUUCCAUCUCUGGGUGGUUUUUCAAACUUUUUUUAUGGCGAAGAAGGGCAAAACCAUUCUCCACCAUCUGCAUUGUGACACCCAUAAAACUGGUAAAGGUAAAGGGACCCCGGACCAUUAGGUCCAGUUGUGGCCGACUCUGGGGUUGCAGCGCUCAUCUUGCUUUAUUGGCCAAGGGAGCCGGCGUACAGCUUCCGGGUCAUGUGGCCAGCAUGACUAAGCCGCUUCUGGAGAACCAGAGCAGCGUACGGAAACGCUGUUUACCUUCCCGCCGGAGUGGUACCUAUUUAUCUACUUGCCCUUUGACGUGCUUUUGAACUGCUAGGUUGGCAGGAGCAGGGACCGAGCAAUGGGAACUCACCCCAUCACAGGGAUUCGAACCGCUGACCUUCUGAUCAGCAAGUCCUAGGCUCUGUGGUUUAACCCACAGCGCCACCCGCGUCCCUAUAAAAACUGGUACCCAAGUCCAAAAAGGCAUCAAUACAUUCUGGAGGGAAUCAAUGGUCUCCGCAGUAAGAAUUCUUGCCAGCUGUGCUGGAUGACGGCAGUGAAGGCCUUUGAGCAUCUUUCAGUCUGCUGAACAAGGAGAAAAUGGAGAGAGAAGCUGGUGGGAUAACUAUCUGUCUGUGGGAGGCUAUCUCUGGAGCUGUGCGCAAAUGGCCACUUGAAAUUCUCCCCUCUGUGGGCAGAAGGAAAGACUGAGGCUACAUCCACACCAUGUAUUUAAAACUCAUGGCUUCCCCCAAAGAAUUCUGGCAACUGUAGUGUGUUAAGGAUGCUGUGAUGUGAGGGGUAAACCAAAGCUCUCGGGAUUCUUAUGACCUGUUUCUCCACGGAGAUGGGAAGCUCUUCAACAGCUUCCCAGGGGUGGGGGCUCACCAUUGGCAGCCUCUGUCACCAAGUUUGGCUUUGUUUAUUCUGCUGCUGUUGGCAAAGUGUCCGCCAUUUUGAAUCCACCCCAGUGCCUCAGGCCUAGCAUCCUUCUGGGCUAUUGGAGGGGUAGAAAUGGUGGCUGCCGAAGCAAAGAAAAACACAAAAACCAAGCAAAAAGUGGAGAUGAGUCUGCAGUGUAGCCUUCUUUACUUGGGUGGGGGAACGAGGCAAAGGAAAAUCUCAGGAAGUUUAUCAGAAAAAUGUUUCCUGAGAAAUGGUGACUCUGCUCUAGUUUGUUCCUCCCAUUUCAGUCUCCCACCAGAUCCCCUCAGGAUUAGCCUGCUGAAAAAGGGACGGUUGUAGUAUGAUAGAUUGGCUAUCAGAAGGAGUGAGUUUUCCUUGGUGGAGUGGGCUCCUCUUCUCCCCAGCAAUGUCUUCUGGCUUGUGUCACUGAUCUCUUGACUUAGAAGCCACAUAUCCUGGAAAGCUAUCAAGAGGAACGAAGGAGGUUCACUGAAAGGACCUGGCCAGGAAAGAAGGGACACAGUUUGCAGUCUUGGCUAAUGAACCGCAGUCGCAUGGGAGCUGUUGCUCUAACUAGCUGAGUCACAUAGUGCCUUUCUCAGGAAAGCAAGGCUCCGGCUGAUGCAGAUUUGGUUCUUGGGACAACUGGGGUACCAGGCACGUGAAAGUCUCCUGUUCAAACCACCCCAGAACAGCCUUUUAAAAAAUGGCAUUAAUGCUGCCAUUCUGUACCCCUUUACGUGAGGGUAAUCCCCAUGGAAAUAAAUAGGUCUUGCUUUUGAGUAGACAUGUAGAGACAUUAUGCGGUCAGUAACUGGGAGCACCUAGUUCGUUCCUCAUUCCUUCACCACAGUAUGCUCUUAGCCUUAAAGAGACUUUGAUUUCUUCAAUUUCCAUGAGCAGCUCCCAUCAGGGAUGGGACAAACCUGCACCCCUCUAGAUGUCACUACAACUCCCAUGAUCCCCAACCAUUGGCCAUUCUGCUUUGAGCUGAUGGGAGCUGGAGUCCAGCAUCGCCUGGCGAGAGCAGAGUUCUCUAUACCUGUUUUAUAGAAGGUCGCUUCUGAGAUCAGCCAGGCUUUAGGGAAAGCCACUUUCCUUGUUUUGAUACUGGCUGUGCUGUUGUAGACUCAAUUGUUCAUCUUUUCUAUUUCAGCAAGCCCUGGCUUCUAUAGCAAAACCAUGACUCCCAUCUACGAUCCUGUCAGUGGGACACCUGUCUCGUCUGCAGUUGCCUGGUUUGGUGACAGUCCUCUGGCCAAGCAGAGCUGGAACAACCUUGCCUUCAGCCCUUCGAACUGCACACCUGAAUCGCUUGCCAAAAUGUACCAGCCUCGGACUCUGGUCGACAAAGCAAAGCUGAAUGCUGGGUAAGAGACUCCUCCGCUGGAUAUCAGGAUUAGCCAGUUUGGACAAGCCAGGAUAGGUCAUGAGUGUGUGAUGUCCUUGCGUGGGCUUAUUAUUAUUAUAUCUUUAUUUAUACCUUGCCAUUUUCCCUGGACUCAAGACAGCCUACAGUAUUACAGUGGUCCCUCGGGUUACAUAUGCUUCAGGUUACAUACGCUUCAGGUUACAGACUCCAAUAACCCAGAAAUAGUACCUCAGGUUAAGAACUUUGCUUCAGGAUGAGAACAGAAAUCGUGCAGCAGCGGCAGCAGGAGGCCCCAUUAGCUAAAGUGGCGCUUCAGGUUAAGAACAGUUUCAGGUUAAGUACAGACCUCCGGAAUGAAUUAAGUACUUAACCCAAGGUACCACUGUAUGGGGUUUUUUUUACGGGGGGAAGGGAGGUUGAAAAUCAGUGAUACAGCCAAAAGUUCUUGAUUUAAACCCCAGGAUCUCCAGGUAGAUCUGGGAGAUAGUGCCUGAAGCCUCAAUUGCAUGGUUAUAUGCUUGUUUCUCCCAGACACCUUGCAAAUUAACAGGAUCCUUCCUGCUCUGUUCCUUUGUCUCCCGUCCUGUUUCAGGUGGUUAGAUUCCUCUCGGUCACUUAUGGAACAAGGUAUCCAGGAGGACGACCAGCUUUUAUUACGCUUCAAGUACUAUUCUUUCUUUGAUCUGAAUGCAAAAGUAAGUAAAGAGUCGCUUCCCUUCGCGGUCUGUCGUGACUUAGGGCAUGUUGGAUAAAGAGCAACUGCGAGGAUCUUACUAGGUUUCCUGUUUGUUCUCUGGGUUUUGGCCAUCUGCCACUCAUGUAGCAAAUGCAUAUCUACAUAAAUAUAGAAAAACUAGGGGCUGCCACCCCUCCUCGCAGCAGUUGCCAACUCUGCUUGUACACUGGAUUCAGCUAACUCAUUCCACUAGUGGAAGCCAGUGCAAUGACUCCUGCUAACAUCUUGCAAACCCACCCAGGCACCUGCCCCAAAUCCGCUCUGGAGAGUUCGGAGAACUGCAGAACAUCCCAGGAAGGAGAAGGGAGAUGGUUUUUGAACAAUCUCCACAGCACUCCAUUGAAUUCCACCAUCUAGAUAAUACAUUUCUAUCUCCCACAACUAUAAAUACCAGUAUUAUAAAUAUCACAAUGCAAUAACUAUAACUUUACUAAUUUACCACGUAGAAAAACUGCUCUAAUUAUAAGAAUCAUAAUUUAUUGCUUAUAUCCUGACCAACGCCAAGUCGUGCUUCCAUGUAGCUUUGGGAAGGUUAAUGUUUGAUUCUUUCUCCUGUGUAAAGAAAGAUGAAAGUCACUCUCAAAUGCCUAGUUGCAGGGCUCUCAUCAGACUUGCAUUUGAGCUCAGGUCCGGAGCUCAAAUGCAACACACUAUCUGGCUUUAAUAAUAAUAAUUAAUAAUAGUAAUAACUAAUAAUAUAAUUUAUUAUUUAUACCCUACCCAUCUGGCUGCAUUUCCUCAGCCACUCUGGGCGGCUCCCAACAGAAUAUUAAAAACACAAUAAAACAUCAAACAUUAAAAACUUCCCUAAUCAGGGCUGCCUUCAGAUGUCUUCUAAAAGUCAGAUAGUUGUUUAUUUCCUUGACAUCUGAUGGGAGGGUGUUCCGCGGGACGGGUGCCACCACCGAGAAGGCCCUCUGCCUGGUUCCCUGUAACCUCUCUUCUCGUUGUAUACUGGGCCAAGGCCAUUUUGGGCUUUAAAGGUCAGCACCAACACUUUGAAUUGUCCUUGGAAACGUACUGGGAGCCAAUGUAGGUCUCAUCAACGUUAAUGUUCUACCUAUUCUUCAUGAAUUCAGUUAAAGGUUUCUACUUAUCUUUUAACGUUUUCUCCCUCCUGCAACUAUCUCUGUCUGACUCAGGCUUGCUUCCUAUUAGAAGCGCACAGGGUUGAGGCAUUGUGUGUUUGUGUGUCGCACUGCUUAGCUGUACAUAAUGACAGGCUCACUCAAAAUGUUGGCCACCGCUGGCUGAGAGCCUUUGGCCGCCUCUGACACAACAUGGCCUUGUUUGUCUUCUCCUGGCAGUACGACGCGGUGCGAAUCAACCAGCUCUACGAACAAGCCCGCUGGGCCAUUCUGCUGGAAGAGAUAGACUGCACAGAGGAAGAAACCUUCAUAUUUGCUGCGCUGCAGGUACGUACUUGAUCCUCAAGUUGACAAACCAGUUUCCCCAUCUGCGGCAGGCAAACACCUGCCAGGACAUGAACACAAUGAACCGAGCCCAGACUGGUUCCUCUCUGCAAGCCCUUUCCUUCUCCUGCUAGAACCCCGCCUCUCUCGGCAGUGAUUAACGGGUUGGCUCUUUCAAGCUCCGUUGAGACCCAUGUAAAUAAUUGACAGGUGCCCCCAGUCUUUUACAGCGGCAACUGCUAAGUUACACUUUGGCAGAACAAAUCUAACCACACGAAAAGCAAACAGGACCAUCCCUCUCAAAGCAUUGUUCUAUGUUUGCCACUUCCAAGCAAUUGGUCAUUUCAGGAGGAGUGCUACAGGAAUCAGUUUCUUUCAGAUGAGAGAAGAGUGUUUCUAUACUUUUUUUUCCUUUGCUUACAACAAUGCAGGCAGAGUGGAAAGAAACAGGCAGCUGUCCUGCAACAGAUUCCCAGAAAGUGAUUUCUGCAGGCUCCGUGUUCAUUGUUAAAAUGCACAAUAAAACUAUCUGCUUGACAUGUUAAAAUAUUAAGGCCCAUGGUCAAAAUAUGCAAUAAAACAGAGCCAGUGUGGAAUAGUGGUUAGAGUGAUGUCCCAGGACCUGGGAGACAAGGGUUCAAUGCCCAAUUCAGCCAUGAAGAUGACCUUGGGCUAGUCACUGUCUCCCAGCCUAUGUCACAGGCUUGUUGUUAGGAUAAAAUGGAAAGGUAAAUGGAAAGGUAAAAUGGAAAUGGAAUUGAGUAUGCCACCUUGAGCUCCUUGCAGGACAGGUGGGGUAUAAAUAUACAAUGUUCCCAUUAAUACACAGUGAUUAAAAUGGGAGACUCUGGUCAAACAGGAGACUCCAGUCUUCUGUUGUACUUGGCUGUUGUUAGUAAGACUUUCUGAGAGCUGGUCCAAAAACAGGACAAAUCUAAUGCAUACAUUUUUUUUUCUUUUUGUAUAAUUUGUAUUACAUUUUCUGUUUUACAUUUUAGAAUAUUCAUUUAAACAACCUUAAAAUAUCAAGGAUAUUUUCCAUGGCUCAUUUUGCAUAACAUAAAUCCCUUCAUAUUUUAUAUAAACUAAACCAUUCAGUAUUCCCUUAUUACAUCCAUCAAAACUUAUUUACACUGUUGAAUUUAUCUUAAUGCUGUCCAUGUUUUCAAAUGUACAGUGGUACCUCGGGUUACAGACGCUUCAGGUUACAUACGCUUCAGGUUACAGACUCCGCUAACCCAGAAAUAGUGCUUCAGGUUAAGAACUUUGCUUCAGGAUGAGAACAGAAAUCGUGCUCCAGCAGUGCGGCAGCAGCAGGGGGCCCUAUUAGCUAAAGUGGUGCUUCAGGUUAAGAACAGUUUCAGGUUAAGAACGGACCUCCAGAACGAAUUAAGUACUUAACCCGAGGUACCACUGUACACAAUUUCCCCCCAUAUAUUCAAUGAACAUUUUCCAAUCGUCUUUUAUGAUAUGUUCUUCUUGUUCUCUUAUUCUAUAUGUUAGGUCCACAAGCUGCGCAUAUUCCAUCAGUUUAAGUUGCCAUUCUUCUUUGGUUGGGACUUGGCUCGUUUUCCAUUUUGGAGCUAACGAAACAUUCAUAUGCAUUCAUAUGUAAUGCAUACAUUUUUUAAAAGGACGCUUUCAUAAGAUUUUGUUACCGGCUCACAACAAAUCCCUCCUGGAUGUGAAGCCAACGUACCUUCUCUUGCUCAACUCUCUGUCUUUAUCUUUUUAUCUUUCCUGUAGUACCACAUCAGCAAGUUGACACUGUCAUCGGGGUCACAAGUUUUCACAACCGAAGCAGAAACGGAUGAAGUGGAGGCGGCCCUUUCUAACCUUGAAGUCACUCUGGAAGGGGGGAAAGCAGAGAAUAUUUUGGUAAAAUUGGGUGGGCAGAGGAGUGGGGUCUGUGACUUGUCACUAAAUAUUUCUCAAGCUACAUCCAGUAGGGCAGGUGUGGCCAACACAGGAAACCCUCCAGAAGUGGUAGACUCAUAGAGCUGGAAGAGACACUGAUGAUCAUCUCUUCCAACCUCCUGCAAUUCAGGAAUAUGCAACUGUCCCUUACGGCAGUGGUUUUCAACCAGUGGGCCACAGCACCUUAGCGUGCCUUGAAUAAUGAUCAGGGGUGCCACGGGCAACACUCGCCUCCAUCCCUCUUUCCUUCCCUCGCUCCUUUGAUACCCUCUCACAUCUCUGUCUCCCCACAGCUUGCACAGCUGUUUGUUGCAGCAGCCCUGGCUACAAGCUCCCCAGGCGAAUGGUGCCUUUGGGGCUGGUCAGAGUGUGAUGGUUGCCAGAAGCUGAGGCAGCCUUGGAGUGAGUAAGCAAGCAAGUGGGUGAGGGAGCCCAGCCAGGCAGUCCUCCAGCCCUUGAUGUUGGGAAUGGACAGUGUGAGGAGGCACCUCUCUUUGGGACAGGGGGCGGCAGCAGCUGCUGCCCAGAGGACUCCCAAGGAGAGGGGAGAGGAGGCUGAGGGAACACCCCACAAGGGAGGUUGUUUGAGAAAGGGUGAGAGGUUGCCAGCUCUGCAGGCAAGGGGUGACAUAACUGGGCUCCUGAGCCCCACAGGACUUCCGCAGAAAGAAUGUAGGUGGUAUGGGGAGCCCUGGACUCAAAAAUGUUGAAACCCUUUGUCAUGCAGGGAUCAACCCUUCAACCUUGGCUUGAUCAGCACCAUGCUCUAACCAACUGAGGUACCUGGGCGUUGGACAAUGACUUCCAUUAUCCCUGUCCAUUGGUCAUGAUAGCUGGGGUUGAUGGGAGCUGUAGUCCAGCAACAUCUCAGGGGUUCCAUUUUGGCCAUCCCUGCAAUAUGGGAACACAAACUGACUCCAUUCCAAUGACAGUCCAUCUCUUGUAUGGUUGCAACUCUUCUACUGAAAUAAAUGUUCUUUUCGUGGGGUGGAAUUCAGCUUAAGUGGGGUAAUGCACAUGGGCAACGAGGUCCACUUGCACAACAGGACUUUCUCCCUCUCCUCCCCUCACGAGCCCCCUAAACCUGUCCUAGGCUUCCCACCUACCCUCCAGAACAGAUUUAGGGAGCACAGGUGGGGUGCUGGGAAAGUCCUUUGUUUUGCAUAUGCAACAACUCAGUUGAAUCUCUCCCAGUGCAGAGAUUGCUCCCCAAUUUCUGACUCAGCUGAGAUUGUCCUAAAGAGGAACUUUUUCUGUCAACUUGCUAUGCUCUGGAGAACACCUUUUGGAUAGUCUGCUUCUCCCAAAUGUGAAAAAAGCUACCUGUUUGUUGGCAUGCUGUUGAGUUGGGAUUCAAGAUAUACUGCAAGGGAAUAAUAAUAACAAAAACACAUAACUUUUUAACCAAGUGCAUAUAUAUGAUAGUAUCAGUAAAUUAUAAGUGCACUGCACUAAAACAAUUCUUGGCUGUCUUUAGGAGGAUAUCACAGACAUACCAAAGCUUGCAGAUAACCUCAAACUAUUUAGGUAAGUAAAAAAAGCAAAACAAAAAAGCAUAGAAAGUUUUCUUUGUUUUUGUUUUGUAAAUCAUAAAAUUAAAAUAUGGACUGUAAUGGACACCAGUUAGCACUGAAAGGUUUUCUGGCUAUAAUUUAUUUUAACAUUCCUGUUUGGGUUGCAGAGUGUACCAAUGUAACACUAUAAUGUGAUGAAUGCCAUUAGCCACCUCCAUAAAAUAGCUUUCUUUAAUCUUUAUUUCUUUUAAGGAUUGUGCUGCGAACUGGAAUGGCAACCUGGUUGGACAAAGUUGCCUUGUUGUACUUUAAGCCUUUCACAGUCUAACCUUGUGUGCAGCAGAGACUUCUGUAUUCUCACGCGGACGUACUAUGUCUCACUGAGUUAAAUGGGACCGAGUCCCUAAUAAGUGGGACACGGGUGGUGCUGUGGUCUAAACCACUGAGCCUCUUGGGCUUGCUGAUCAGAAGGUUGGCGGUUUGAAUCCCCAUGACAGGGUGAGCUCCCGUUGCUCUGCCCCAGCUCCUGCCAACCUAGCAGUUCGAAAGCAGGCCAGUGCAAGUAGAUAAAUAGGUACCGCUGCGGCGGGAAGGUAAACGGCGUUUCCAUGCGCUCUGGCACUCGUCAUGGUCCUCCGUGCACCAGUAGCGGUUUAGUCAUGCUGACCACAUGACCCGGAAAAGUGUCUGUGGACAAACGCCAGCUCCCUCAGCCUGAAAACGAGAUGAGCACCGUAACCCCAUAGUCACCUUUGAUUGGACUUAACCGUCCAGGGGUCGUUUACCUUUUUACCUUUUAUCUAAUAAGUGUGGUUAAUCUGCAUGGCACCUCUUCCAUUCUGUCUUAAGACUGUUAGGAAGACUGGAAGCUGACAAGUCACAUCCUUGACCCAUCUAUCUCAGAAAACACCUACACUGACUGUCCACAGCUUUCCAGAAUUUCAGACCAGGGACUCUCCUUGUACUACCAGGAGGUGCCAAGAAUUGAACAUGGAACCUUUUGCAUAGAAAGCAGAUAUUGUGCCACUGAGCCCUUACCACACCUUGCAAAUUGCAGACUAGGUUUUUUUCCCCCUUAUCAUGCCAGCAACAUAUUUUUCUCUCUCUCUUCCUGCCUCAUUUUUAUGUGUGCAUUUCUUUUGUGCUUAACAUCUACCUAGAGCAAUUGGCUUAAGAAACACCAAGGCUGGCUUCUUGGUGACUUUUGUUGGUCUUAAAAAUAGAAUAAAUACUACUGUUGCUAUUUUGGAUUCUCUUCCCCCCAUCCUCCUAGUAGACCAGGCAUAGGCAAAUUCCAGCCCUCCAGAUGUUUGGGACUACAAUUCCCAUCAUCCCUGACCACUGUUAGCUAGGGAUGAUGGGAAUUGUAGUCCUAAACAUCUGGAGGGCCAGAGUUUGCCUAUGCCCGUAGUAGACCAACACAGCUGCUGGCAACAUUUGCCUGCAUACUUCUAAGUACAGUCGUACCUUGGAAGUCUAACAGAAUCCAUUCUGGAAGUCUGUCCAACUUCCAAAACGUUGGGAAACCAAAGCACGGUUUCUGAUUGGCUGCAGGAAGUUCUCGUCAAACCCGUCUGACGUUCAGCUUCCAGAAAUAGUUUGCAAACCGGAACACUCACUUCUGGGUUUGCGGCGUUUGAGAGCCAAAAUGUCCAAGAACUAAGCUGUUCACAAACCGAGGUACGACUGUAUAUUGUUAAAUGAGCAUGAAUUUCAGGUAGGAGCACCGACCUGUGUCACUAUCAGUUGUGUGUGUUGGCAAUCAAAUUGAACAUUCCAGUGACUCAGAUAAAGCUCUACUAUUGCCUGUCUUAUUUGCACUGGAAAGUCUCUAGCAUAUUUCUUCCAUUGAAGUGACUGAUUCCAAACGUUUAAUUCUAUGGAAAACAUAAGAUAAGAGAUUGCCUGUAGCUUUGAACUCUGAUUAGAGUGUUUAGUUUUGCUAAUCGGUGACGGCAUUUCCCCCAGAAAUGAAGCGGUGUGCUUCAAAGGGAAUUUGAUUAUUUUUGAAACCUCUAAUAAAAGAUCGUUUCGAUUCAUAUGCAAGUGACAAAGGGCAGGAGCUGUGCUUUCAAGAUUAAAUGCCAGUUUGCAGCAUCAGUCUGUUCCCUGCCUGUCAGGGCAAUAGCCCCAAAGGACUUGUGUGACCUGCCUCAAAGGCAACAGUGCCAAAGGGACCCAUUUCUGUCCCUGAACCAAUGUCAUUCUUAUUAAAACAUUCUUAAUAAGAACCUCAGAGCCUCAGAAGUGACCUUUGAAAUGCAAGAAACUAGAGCAAGAAAAAAAAGCAGCCAAAUUAAUGUGCACACACUCAGGGUGGAUUUCAUUUGAAUCAAAUUGAUUUAAAUCACUAGUCAGUAAGACUUGAUUUAAAUCAUUUUUUUUACAAAAAGACUCAUUCUUGCUGGUAUAAUCUUAAUAUUUACAACCAAAUGAAGGUUUCAUUUUUGGAAUAAUAAAUUUUCAGAGUAGUUUUUACAGUUAUAUCAAAAACUACUGAUCUGUUAUACUGUUUGAAAUACAUAGACAGAUAAUUAUGAAAUUAUUGUGAGGUUUAAUAAGUUAAGUUACCGUAUUUUUCACUCUAUAAGACGCACCAGACCACAAGACUGGUGUUUUUGGAGGAGGAAAACAAGAAAAAAAAUAUUCUGAAUCUCAAAAGCCUGAACAGCAAGAGGGAUCGCUACGCAGUGAAAGCAGCAAUCCCUCUUGCUGUUCUGGCUUCUGGGAUAGCUGUGCAGCCUGCAUUCGCUCCAUAAGACUCACACACAUUUCCCCUUACUUUUUAGGAGGGAAAAAGUGAGUCUUAUAGAGCAAAAAAUACGGUAUUUUUAUUUGGACAACUUUUGGAAUGAGAAAAAUAAUCAAUUCUUUAAUAACAAUUUAAACAAUUUAUUUAAGUAAAACAAUAACAUUAUCGCACAUGUAUCCAUGUUUGUUAACUGAUGUGGUUGCAUAUUUAAAAAGAAAAAAACUUAGACUGAGUUUUAGCACACAUGGAAAACUGAAAACAAAUCCUUAUUUCCUGAUGAAUAGCCUUUGGACUAUAAUGUAACUUAAAUAGAAAACUAUCUUUAGAAAGUUUUUUCCUCCAAAAGCAUUUUCUUUUAAAAAUCCAAUUUAAAUUUUUUAAAAAUCUGAUUUAAAUUUUUAAAAAUCCGAUUUAUUUUAUUUUUUAUCCACCCUGCUCACACUAUACAUAGAACUGUAGUGUUGAAAGGUACUAGUCCAAUCAAGUCCAAUCCCUGCGAUGCAAGAAUCUCAGCUAAAGCAUCCAUGACAAAGGGCCAUCCAAACUCUGCUUUAAAAACCUCAAAUGAAAGCGAGUACACUGCUUCUCAUGGGAGUCUGUUCCACACUCAAGCAACUCCUGCUGUCAGAAAGUUCAUCCUGAUGUUUAAUCGGAAUCUCCUUUCUUGCAACUUGAAGCCGUCGCUUUAGGUCCUAACCUCUGGAGCAGGGAAGAACAAGCUUGCUCCCCAUCCCCACACAGAUAGUUUGUUAAUUUGUUUGUUAAUUUGCAGGUCCAAAAAGCUGGCGCUGAAAGCCUUCAAGCAAUAUUGGUUUGUCUUCAAGGACACAUCCAUCUCUUACUUUAAAAAUAAGGAGGCUGAACAUGGGGAACCCAUUGAGAAGCUCAACCUAAGAGGUAUGGAGUGAGGAUAAGACACAUGGACACGGUAUAUUAGGUUAAUGGGCUAAAAAAGGCCACAACUUUAUUGAUUACAGCAUGUGAGAGGUAUUGGCUUAGGCAUUGGAUAAAACAACAGAGCGUGACUCCACCCCCUCGGGGAUGGGUGAGUCUAUCAAGGGUUAACCACCACUGGGAGGAGCCUGUUGAUGCAAAUACAACUGAAAGCUCCCCCUGAUGUCACCGGGGGUCGUGCCAUGGCCCUAGCCACCAGCAAGGGCGUCGGACAGGAUCCACGACCACCGGAUUCCUUUACCGGAAUACCUAUAAAAUGGAGGGGUAGGCGAUGGCCACACCUUGCCCUCCAACACACAACCAUAUUCCAGUGCCCAAGCAAACUAGCUGCUAAAGAUCCUCAACGCUUGCUCAGCCUGCACGUGGACAAGGAGGUCCUUCCUGGAGGUCUUGAUCCGACGAGAAGCAGCAGCACAAUGGCUGAGAAUCGCUGCUGGGCCGCGUUUGAACGGCUAAACCCCGCCCCCAAGCCUCCAGCCGAUUGGCUGGCCACCUGGGGGCGUGGCACGGCAGCCCGAGCAGUUGGGCAGGGGGCAGAAUGCCUACUGGGGAAUUUCUAGCACAAUGCUGUGCUCCCCUUUGCUCUUCACUUUUGGUGCAUAUGUGCACAAAUGGAAUCAUCUUAAUAGAUGGUCCUGGUUGUGGUCAGGCUCUCAACCUGGUUCCCCACCACCACCCUGGCGUGGGUGGAGCUAUCACCCUUACGCCGGGGUGGCACCACAGUCACCCAGGGCUAUUGCCCAAUUGUGUCGAAGGGUGAUAGUGGCGGAAAGUAUAAAAGCGGCAGCGCAACGUGUGCCAGGCUCCUGGCCUGCCCUCCCUUUAAUUUAAGAGUCCUUUGGCCUUGCUUUGGCCUUUGGUUGGUUGCCCGUCUUGAGUCGGGGAUCGGGUAGGAAUUUUUUCCAUUUGGCAAAUUGGCACAAGCCACUUGGUUUUUAGGGACGCGGGUGGCACCACAGAGCCUAGGACCUGCUGAUCAGAAGGUCGGUGGUUCGAAACCCCGCGACGGGGUGAGCUCCCAUUGCUCAAUCCCUGCUCCUGCCAACCUAGCAGUUCAAAAGCGCGUCAAAGUGCAAGCAGAGAAAUAGCUACCGCUCCGGCAGGAAGGUAAACGGCGUUUCCGUGUGCUGCUCUGGUUCACUAGAAGCAGCUUAGUCAUGCUGGCCACAUGACCCGGAAGCUGUACGCCGGCUCCCUCGGCCAAUAAAGCGAGAUGAGCGCCGCAACCCCAGAGUCGGUCACGACUGGACCUAAUGGUCAGGGGUCCCCACAAAUAACCCAGAGGUGCAUUUUAAAUAAAAGCACGUAUUCUACUCAUGUAAAAACACCAGGCAGGCCCCACAAAUAACCCAGAGAUGCGUUUUAAAUAAAAGGACACAUUCUACUCAUGUAAAAACAUGCUGAUUCCCGGACUGUCUGUGGACCGGAUUUAGAAAGCGAUUGGGCCAGAUCCGGCCCCCGGGCCUUAGUUUGCCUACCCAUGACUUUAGCUAAUGGGGCCUCCUGUUGCCGCCACGCCACCGGCGCAUGAUUUCUGUUCUCAUCCUGAGGUAAAGUUCUUAACCCGAGGUUCUACUUCCGGGUUAGCAGAGUCUGUAACCCAAAGUGUUUGUAACCCAAGGUACCAUUGUAUAUUCUUUCAUACUUCGAUUUUUAUAUCAAAGCAUAUUAUCCAUGGUAAUUGUUAAACUACAAGUGAGAUCAAAACCCUGCUAAUGUUUCCAUCUGCUUGCGGUGGUCUCCUAAAUAACUUAUAAUUUUUUUCAAUCUUUUAUAAAGUUUUUGUCCCCUUGGUUUCUGAGCCCAUCAGCUUGGUUUGUCACUCCUCUAUGCUAGGGACUUUGUCUUCUUUCCAUCUCUGGGCCAGUAACAUCUGGGCAGUUGUUGUUCCAUACAUAAAAAGUCUCUUCUGUUCCUUUCGAAUCUCAGUACCUGUAAUUCCUAAUAGAAAAGCUUCUGGUUUCUUAACAAAAGCUAUUCUAAACGUUUUCUUCAUUUCACUGUAUAUCAUCUCCCAGAAAGCUUUUAUUACCUUGUAACUCCACCACAUAUGAUAAAAGGUACCUUCUUUACAUUUCCAACAAGAAUUUGUAGUCUGCUUUUAUGGAGUCGCCCCAUUCAGACAUGACACUGGCCAUAAACCAGGGUUCGGGAAAUUAGUUCCUGUGCAGGAACUAUGUGCUGCUGUAUUCAGUUCCUCCCUUCCUAAACCAGGUUGACACACGGUGGAGCGGCUGGCUUGCUGUUAUAUGGAAAUAAACUCUUGGGACUUACUUUCCCCCAAGCAACCCGCAAGCAGGAAGCCAAGAGCAAACUUUGGCUUCCACAUUUAAUGCUAAGACAGCUGCUCUGUUUCUCCACUCUAGGAAGGGAGGAGAAAGCAAGGAGGGUCCCAAACUCUGUACUAUCAUGCAGCUCAUGCACAGACUUAAUUACCUGACUGUGGUUUAUUGUGUCCAAACAGAGCCCAAUGUUUUGAUUGAAUUUGCUGUUUUCUGAAUCACUGCUUCUGCUUUAGAGCAUGGGCUUUUGCCAAAUGUAGGAUUUUGAUGUUUACGAUGACUACGUUGUCUGUCAGCACUGUGACUCUAGAGCGGGGUUUCUCAAAUUGGGUCUCCAACUGUUUUUGGACUACAAUUCCCAUCAUCCUUGACGACUGGUCCUGGCUAGCUAGGGAUGAUGGGAAUUGUAGUCCAGCAACAGAUGGAGAUGCAAGUUGGGGAGACACUGAUUUAGAGCGUUACUUUUGGCCUUAAAUUUAAGUAACUUCUAUGCCAUGCAUCCCCAACCUUCGGCCCUCCAGAUGUUUUGGACUACAAUUCCCAUCAUCCCUGACCACUGGUCCUGCUAGCUAGGGAUCAUGGGAGUUGUAGGCCAAAACAUCUGGAGGGCCACAGGUUGAGGAUGCCUGUUCUAUGCUAUAAUAUUAAUAACAUGUCUUCCCACACCUAACACAUGGAAGGAGUUAAGGAAAUUAAUUUCAGUAUUUCCUAAACCAGCUAUUUGGUAAUAGUCAUGGCAUGGGCAUAGGGAGGCCAUUAUAGUAAUAUAAUAUUCAAUCACCUGCACAACUUGAAAUCAUGUUACCUUCUUUUUUUUGUAUGCCUUUUUAUUCUUAUCCUCUUCCAGUUUCCUUUCAAGUUCUCCUACCGUAAUUCACCCUUAAAAGUAGGCAAAGCAUAACUUCGCUUCUGACUUUUCGUGCCUUCUGUCAAACAGGAUGUGAGAUUGUUCCAGACGUGAGUGUGUCGGGCAGAAAAUACGGGAUUAAGUUACUCAUCCCUGUAGCAGACGGAAUGAAUGAAGUGCACCUGAGAUGUGAUAACGUGAGUAGCAAAAAAGGGUUAACCCAGAUUCUAUAGGAGGGUUUAAGGUCCAUUGCGUGCAUUGCAGCGAAGCUUUGGAAGACUCUUUAGAGGCUGGCACUGCAAAGCACGGGGAACAACUGCAGGGCCUAAAUAUUGCCAGUGAAGUAAGGUGUUAAGUUGUGGGUGAACAUAUCAGACGACACAGCGAUUCUUCAAACAGCUCUUGUUUAUUCAGAGACCAGAACAGAACUGAACUGAAGGGUUCAGUCAGCCUGCUUAUAUAGAGCUCCAGUACAACGUUACUGUAACAACUUUCUAAAACUAUCCAAUCACUGAACGUCACUUUCGAUCCUUCAUUUGCAUAACUAUCUACAGUAUCCCCCUGCUGGCCCAUGGUGAGAACUUCAGUACAUAACGUGAGGCAUAUGCACAGAAAUGGGGUUUGUGCAGGGAACAAGUUAACAACACAGAAGGGACAACAGUGAACCAGGCUGCAGGUUGGCUUCCACAUAUCAGGAGUGGUUCACCUGGUGGGGAGGCAGAGCUCAAGCAAUAGCUUCCCAAAAGGGUAUACACAGCCCUGUCCUCACGUCGAACUUCUCCAUUAAGCAACAGCUUGCUGGAAAGGCUCUUGCUGUUGCUGGGAGGCUGUUGCCCCCCUGGGCGAACUCCUUUCCCCACUUAUAGCCUUGGAUUUAUGUUCCUUUACAAUGCAGGCCGGCCUGUGAGCAGGGAGAUUUAUGGGGAGGCCAGUGUAAACAAGGGAGUUAGCACAGUGUCUGGGUGAAAUCUGUCUUUCCGAUAAGAUCUGGAGUUCACAAACCUCUCAGCAAUAACCUCAACCUUGUCCGUUCAAAAUACCCUGCAUUCUUCAGACUUGGGAGUGUUGUUCAACCUUUGUCCUAUAAGAGCCUCCUAGGGACAUGGGUGGCUCUGUGGGUUAAACCACAGAGCCUAGGACUUGCUGAUCAGAAGGUCGGCUGUUCAAAUCCCCGCAACGGGGUGAGCUCCCAUUGCUCGGUCCCUGCUCCUGCCAACCUAGCAGUUUGAAAGCACGUCAAGUAGAUAAAUAGGUACUCCGGCAGGAAGGUAAACGGUGUUUCCGUGCGCUGCUCUGGUUCACCAGAAGCGGCUUAGUCAUGUACGCCGGCUCCCUCGGCCAAUAAAGCGAGAUGAGCGCCGCAACCCCAGAGUCAGCCACGACUGGACCUAAUGGUCAGGGGUCCCUUUACCUUUACCUUUACAGUGCAGACCAGCCUGUGAGCUGGGAGAUUUAUGGGGAGGCCAGUGUAAACAAGGGAGUUAGCACAGUGUCUGGGUGAAAUCUGUCUUUCAGAUAAGAUCUGGAGUUUACAAACCUCUCAACAAUAUCCUCAACCUUGUCUGUUUAAAAUACCCUGCAUUCUCCAGACUUGGGAGAGUUGUUCAACCUUUGUCCUAUAAGAGCCUCCUAAGUGAAGACAAAAACUGUUUGAGCUUCACAAAAGUUGAAAGCAAGGCACUGGGCUUGCCCCUCUGGAGCAAAGGAGCUAUAGCACCAGGCAAGGAAGAAGUCUCAGGUUUAAUCUCCCCUGUAAAUCCAGAACCGUCCUUGGAAAAUAGGGACACCUGGAAGGUCUGCACCCAGCCUCUUGCCCUAACGUCACCACCACCGCCACUCUGAACCCCAUAUGUUGCAUUGCUGGAUAGGUAACCAGUAAUUCCUCGUAAGAAGAGCCUACUGGAUCAGGCCAAUGGCUACAUCAGCGAUGCCAAGUAUCUUUUGGAAGUUUACAUUGAUGUGAAGGAAAUAAGCAGCUAUCCUAUCUUUAAAAGACAUCUGAAGACGGCCCUGUUUAGGGAAGUUUUUAAUAUUUAGUGCUGUAUUGUUUUUAACACUUGAUUGGGAGCCGCCCAGAGUGGCUGGGGAAACUCAGCCAGAUGGGCGGGGUAUAAAUAAUAAAUUAUUAUUAUUAUUAUUACAAGGGGCAAAGGUAGCAGCUGUUGUUCGGAGACAGAAAGCCUCUGAACCUAAGUGCCGCCAUCAUGACUGGUAGCCAUUGUUUACUGAUCCUCCUUGAGUCCAGUCUCCUUGCAAAGCCACCCAGAACUCAUGCAAGUGAAGUGUAGGCCCUACACUGUUGCUUUCAGAUUAGGGGCUGCGUCUAAACUUUACCAAAAAGGGGGAAGUUAACAUGGGGCCCUCCACCAUCCUUUACCAUGAGAGGGUACCACUUUGCCGGCCCUUGGUUCAAGCAACUGCAAGGUGGGGCAGAAGGAAGGCAAUGACGGUGCAAGGAUUCUUUGCAGAAGUUUAUUCUUCACGGACGUCGCUGACUGUGUUCUUUGCAGGAAAACCAGUAUGCCAGGUGGAUGGCCGCUUGCGUUUUGGCUUCCAAAGGGAAAACGAUGGCCGACAGCUCCUACCACCCAGAGGUCCACAACAUCUUGUCUUUCUUAAAAAUGAAAAGCCGAACUGCUGCUCCCCAGGACGUUUCUGACGUGGAAAGCAUGGAUAUGAAGCCGGAAUGCUUUAUCUCGCCACGAUAUGCAAAGAAAUACAAGUCGAAGCAGGUAACUGGGGGUGGGGCGAGGGGUUGGGAGAAGGAAAUAACAGCGGGAUCUAGAGCAGAUUUUCCUUGUCAAGCUGACUCAAGCCUGAUUCAAAUGAUUCUUGCUUAACAAAGCCAAAAGCAUGUACAGUAUUUUUCUUUCUUUUUUCUUUUUUAGUUUUUUUAUUCAAAAUUAAAACAAGACAUAUUAUCCAAAAACAUAUCAUCCUUGUUUCCCCCCCCCAUUUUUCCUCCCUCCCCCCACCCCACAACCCCCCCCCCCGACUUCCCUCAGUUCCAGUCUCUGGUUUCUCUGAGACUGCUGUUUUCUGGAUGUUACAAAGUUGUAUAGAUCCUCAAACUUAUUAGCUGAUUAUUAUCAAUAAAAAGUUUGUGAAUGUGUAUUCAAAACUAGCCAAGGAGUCCAGUUCACUUUGUUGCGUCUUCAAAUACUUUGUAAAGGGUUCCCAUUCAUCCUUAAAGUCACAGUUAUCCUUGUCCCGUAGUCUAUCUGUCAGUUUUGCCAGUUCUGCAUAGUCCGUCAAUUUUUCUUGCCAUGAUUCUUUAGUUGGGGUUUCUUCAGUCUUCCAUCCUUGUGCUACCAGAACUCUCGCGGCCGUUGUCGCAUACAUGAAGAUGUUUUUCAGCUUUUUUGGCAGGUCUUUCCCUACAAUCCCCAUCAAAAAUGCCUCGGGGUUUUUAAACAAAUGUUAAAUGGAAAAUUUUCUUCAAUUCAUUGUAUAUCAUUCCCCAAUUUUUUUAAAUUACAUUACAAUCCCACCACAUAUGAUAAAAUGUCCCUUCCUUUUCCUUACACUUCCAACAUAUCUUUGAACUAGUUUUGUACAUUUUCCCUAACUGCAGUGGUGUUGUGUACCAUCUAUAUAUCAUCUUCAUGUAAUUCUCCUUCAAUAGGGAACAAUCUGUAAAUUUUAAAUCAGUUUUCCAUAAUUUUUCCCAAUCUUCCAUCAUAAUGUUGUGACCUACAUCUUGUGCCCAUUUAAUCAUAACUGAUUUUACCUCUUCAUCUUUCGUCUCCCAUUCUAAUAAUAUGCUGUAAUUUCACUUUCCCUUCGAUCACUUCCUAGAUCUUGUAUAACUGAAUCCUUUCUUGCUAUCUUCUUUAUGGGUUUCAUAUAGUUGUCGAUAAUGCAACCAACUCUGAAAGUGGUUUUUGAUCUCAUCAUAAUCUCUUAAUUUCCAUUCCAACUCAGUAAUUUAAGAUUGGCCAUUUUCAGAGUCAGUUACAAUAUCUGUUUUCCCUGAUGCCGUCUCUUCCAAGCAUGUAUUUUUCUUCAGCAAGGUCUUAGACCCGGACGAGAGUCAGAAGCAUGACACCUGUGGGUGCAAUGACCGUUUGAGGUCUUCCUCUGAACCCAUGAAGCUUUUGAAGAUCACAACCACACACACACACUUCCCUGUUGGUUAUAAAGUGGUGAGGGUGGUUUCCCUUUUCUUCUUUGAAAAGCACAUCAAGAUGAAGUUGGAAGAGCAACGCUCUUUCCCAUUUCCCUUUUCAGUUCUAUAUGCUUUUCAAGGCUCAGAUUAAUUGUACUGGAUCUAACCUUUAUCCAGAGUCCAUGGCACAUACUCCCAAAUCCAAACGUGCCCACAAACUUUAAAAGGUUGGUCACAAUGUUUAAAAUUACCUUCCCCCCGAAAAACCAGAGUCCUUUCUGUUGGGCAUCAUUCAGACUGAAAUUCCCCAGGUGUCAGAAAAGGUUAUUUAUGUAUGCGGCAACUGCGGCCCAUGUUUGGUUAGCCCAAAAAUGGAAAAAGAUUGACAAAUUAGGCUGACAGAAUAUGCACAACUUGCAGACUUAAGAUAUAGAAUAAGGGAACAAGAAGAACAUACAUUUAAAGGAGAUUGGGAAAUGUUUAUUGAAUAUAUGGAAAAUAAUUGUGCAGCUGAAAACUCUGGCAGCAUUAAGAUAUAUUCAGCAGCAUAAAUAAGUUUUGAUGGAUGUAAUAGUGGAAAACCGAUUGGUAUAGUUUAUGUAAAAUAUGCAGGGAUAUAAGAUAUGUAAAAUGAACCAUGGAAAGAGAAGGGAAGUCAUUGAUAUCUUAAGUAUGUAAAAGGUUUAUCUGAAAUGGUAAAACAGAAAAUUUAAUAAAAAUCAUAUUUAAAAAUAAAAAUGGUUGGUCACCCCCCUAUACGAUGAGAUCUGCAUGUAAUAACCAAAGAGCCAGCAUGAUACAACAGAUACAGAGUAUUGAACUUGAAUUUGGGAGGUGUGAGUUUUUCAUGUCCUCACUGUAUUGACCCAGUGAAAAUCACUGAAUCAUUGCUGGCUACCAGUUUUCCUUCUGCAGAAUGGAUUUAAGAGACUGGAGUAAAGGUAAAGGGACCCCUGACCAUUAGGUCCAGUCGUGGAAGACUCUGGGGUUGCGGCGCUCAUCUCGCUUUAUUGGCCGAGGGAGCUGGCGUACAGCUUCCGGGUCAUGUGGCCAGCAUGACUAAGCUGCUUCUGGUGAAACCAGAGCAGCGCAUGGCAAUGCCGUUUACCUUCCCGCUGGAGUGGUACCUAUUUAUCUACUUGUACUUUGACGUGCUUUCGAACUGCUAGGUUGGCAGGAGCAGGGACCAAGCAAUGGGAGCUCACCCCAUUGCGGGGAUUCGAACUGCCGACCUUCUGAUCGGCAAGCCCUAGGCUUUGUGGUUUAACCCACAGUGCCAUCCGCGUCCCUCAGGUUACAUUCCCUGUGCCCAGGAUGGCCUGAUCCAGCACAAGGCAGCCUCAGUUACCCAAAUCCUGUGUACUUAACUGGCUUCAAGAAAUAUUACGGACAGAAAGAUCCUUGAAGCAUUAAGGACACUUGAGAAACAAUCCUUAAUUGCAGUGUUGUUCCUAAUAGAGGAAGAUUAAAAUGCAGAUUGCCAGUACAAAACUGCCCAACCCCAACCUGCCUUCUCUCUAACGUUUAUUGCUUUUAAAAAUGUGCUCGGUUCCUUGUUGCAUUGUGUUUUAAAGUUUUUUUAAAAAUAUAUAUAUAUUUUUAAUUAGUUUUUUAACAUAUCAUUUUCAACAAUUAUUAAACAUACUUUUAUCUUAUACAAUUUUUUUUACUUCCAUCAAUCACAUCUGAAAAUUUUCCAAUCUUUUCACUUGAUAUACAUUUCUUACUUUCACUAUUACAUUUAAAUCUCAUAACUGAUGUCUCUCUUCUUCCUCUUCUUUGUAAUAUUACAUAUAUUUCGCCUUAUAAAACUUAUUGUAGUCCUACUAGUGUAAUUUGUUGAUUACAGUUGCUCUUCAAAUAGUUCGUAUAUUUCUUCCAAUCUUCUGUAAAUCCCUAGUCCCGCAGGUUUCGAAUCCUUCCUGUCAUUUUAUCCAGUUCUGCUUAGUCCAUUAAUUUUGUCUGCUAUUCUUUUGUCAGUAUUUCUUCUUGCUUCCAUUUCUGGGCCAGAAAUAUUAUUGUCACUGUUGUUGCAUAUAAGAACAAUUUAACAUCCUGUCUAUUAAUAUCCUCACCUAUAAUACCAAGUAAAAAUGCUUCUAGUUUUUUUAGAAAUGUAUAUUUCAACAUCUUUUUCAUCUUAUUAUAUAUCAUUUCCCAGAAGUUUUUUACUUUCUUACAUUCCCAGCAUUGUGUGUUAAGGUUUUGCUUCUAACAACCCUAGCUGGUCUGUUCCCUCACCUUUGAAAUUCCAUUUGUUGUUGUUUAGUUGUUUAGUCGUUUAGUCGUGUCCAACUCUUCAUGACCCCAUGGACCAGAGCAUGCCAGGCACUCCUAUCUUCCACUGCCUCCCGCAGUUUGGUCAAACUCAUGCUGGUAGCUUCGAGAACACUGUCCAACCAUCUCGUCCUCUGUCGUCCCCUUCUCCCUGUGCCCUCCAUCUUUCCCAACAUCAGGGUCUUUUCCAGGGAGUCUUCUCUUCUCAUGAGGUGGCCAAAGUAUUGGAGCCUCAGCUUCAGGAUCUGUCCUUCCAGUGAGCACUCAGGGCUGAUUUCCUUCAGAAUGGAUAGGUUUGAUCUUCUUGCAGUCCAUGGGACUCUCAAGAGUCUCCUCCAGCAUUGGAUUCCAUUAAGAUUGCCUUAUUAUGUAUUGCACCAGGCAGCCCUGUAGUAAACCACAGUCAGCAAGUCCUCCCCUUGGGCAUCAAAUACCAUUCAUAGCUUAAGUUCCCCACCCACAUCCUAUGUGAUAAAGAAAACAAAAGCUAUGGGAAAUCAAAGCCGCCUGUAGCCGUUUAAGGCCUCUUGCCCAUGUGAUUAGGGGAUAUCAGCUCUGCCCAUGUGUACAACGUUUCUGGGGAUCAGGAACCAAGUAAGAAGGCCCCCCUGAAAUGAAUGAGCUGUCCCCAGUUUGCACCCCUUUGCCUUCCUUCCUUCAGGGAGUAGCAAGGAUGCCUGCUCUCUGACCACAUGCAUAACCAUUUUCCUUAUGCUCUUCUUUCACCCCCGGCAUCUGUCAAUCGAAACCUCUAUUCCCCUCCUUGUUUUCGCAGCUGGCUACUCGCAUUUUGGAGGCUCACCAAAAUAUCGCCCACAUGUCUCUGGUGGAAGCCAAGCUGAGGUUUGUCCAGGCGUGGCAGUCGCUCCCCGAGUUUGGCUUAUCGUACUACAUUGUGAGGUAAGUGCAAUGUUACGCUGCUGUGACCAUUUAAUGGCAGGUGGCUCUCUGAGCUCUUCCACUUCCUUCAUUUUGACUGAGUGCCAAGUGAGUUGGCAAUUAAUAACCAAGUAUUAAUUAAUAAUGAAUAACCAUAGUCUAGAGGUCCCGGGCCCUAAGGAAGUCAGACUAUCCUCCGCCAGGGCCAGGGCCUUUUCAGUGAUGGCUCCAACCUGGUGGAAUGCUCUGUCCCAUGAGACCAGGGCCCUGCAGGAUUUAACCUCCUUCCGUGGGGCCUGUAAGACAGAGCUAUUCCGCCUGGCCUUUAAUUUGAUCUUUUAUUUCCCUUAUCUUCCCUCCCCCUCCCCUUUUAUGAAGAUCACUUACUCUGAGACCCCACAUCUAAUUCUCCCCUGGCCUCCUCGCUGGCCCAAGUAGGACCAAUUCAGCCAGCUAGCCCUGGGGAUUAUCUAAUGCUUAUUUCCCCUAAAUUGAAUUUUGAAUUUUAUUGUUAUUCAUGUUUUUAUACUGUAUCUUAUGCUGCUUUUAUAAUUAAGUGUUUUAAAUUUGUUGUUAGCCAUCCUGAGCCCGGUUUUUGAACCGGGAAGGGCAGGGUAUAAAUAAAAAAAUAUUAUUAUUAUUAAUUAGAUCAAGCAGAGGUGACUUUUUUAACAGAAGCUGUGACAGUUGCAACAUGAUUUCUGGUGACCUGACAAUGUUCUUCAAGAUGCAUCUAUUUUUCUCCCAGGUGGAAUUGGAUAAAAUACAGCAGGGUGGGUGAACCGGGUCAUGAGCUGUGAGCCACUUUGACAGUCAUCUGACAUCACGUGACCCAACUGCAAAGAGCGCAGUCCUAAUAUUAUCCUGCUGUUUACAUAAAUAAAUGAAUACAGUGGUACCUCGAGUUAAGAACUUAAAUCGUUCCGGAGAUCCGUUCUUAACCUGAAACUGUUCUUAACCUGAAGCACCACCUUAGCUAAUGGGGCUUCCCGCUGCUGCCGCGCCGCUGGAGCACAAUUUCUGUUCUCAUUCUGAAGCAAAGUUCUUAACCCGAGGUACUAUUUCUGGGUUAGCGGAGUCUGUAACCUGAAGCGUCUGUAACCUGAAGCAUAUGUAACCCGAGGUACCACUGUAUGUUUUUCUAGGGUUGUUGGCCCACGUUGCUAGAGCUCUUGACUGGAACGCCUUUGGGUCUCAGCUGUAGGGUUGUGGAGAAGAUGUGAACUUUACACUUUUGUAUUUUUAAAUGAAGCCGGUAAUCCUUUGUGCACAUAGAUGGGAGAAAAACCGCAGGCAGCAUUUAGCAUUUAGUUGAUCAGGUGUCAGUAAACUGGUGCUCAUCUUCCAGUGUUCUGACCAACAUUGGAAUGACUGACAAGUCCGUGUUAAAGAAAAGAAAAUACAGUCAAGUUACAUUGCAUGGGGAUUAUGAUCCUUUUUUGCACCCGGCCCUUGGCUGGCACAGGGACGCGGGCGGCGCUGUGGGUUAAACCACAAAGCCUAGGACUUGCUGAUCAGAAGGUUGGCAGUUCGAAUCCCCAUGACGGGGUGAGCUCCCGUUGCUCAGUCCCUGCUCCUGCCAACCUAGCAGUUUGAAAGCACAUCAAAGUGCAAGGAGAUAAAUAGGGAAGGUAAACGGCGUUUCCGUGUGCUGCUCUCGUUCACCAGAAGCGGCUUAGUCAUGCUGGCCACAUGACCCAGAAGCUGUAUGCCGGCUCCCUCGGCCAAUAAAGCGAGAUGAGCGCCGCAACCCCAGAGUCGGUCAUGACUGGACCUAAUGGUCAGGGGUCCCUUUACCUUUACCCUUGGCUGACAAGUGAGUGAAGUCACAGGGCGAGGCCAGAGGACAAGGAGAGAGAGAAGAGGGGGCAGCCAGAAAGAAAGGGAAAAGCAGAAGAAAAAGGCUGGAACGGGGUGCAGGAAAGCAGCUGUUGAAUUCAUGCAAGUAAAAAAACUGAGCCGCUGGGAAAUUGUUUAGAGGAAGAAGAGGAGUUUGGAUUUGAUAUGCCGCUUUAUCACUACCCUAAGGAGUCUCAAAGUGGCUAACAUUCUCCUUUCCCUUCCUCCCCCACAACAAACACUCUGUGAGGUGAGUGGGGCUGAGAGACUUCAGAGAAGUGUGACUAGCCCAAGGUCACCCAGCAGCUGCAUGUGGAAGAGCGGAGACACGAACCCGGUUCACCAGAUUACGAGAAUACCGCUCUUAACCACUACACCACACUGGCUCUCCCACUUGUUUAGGUGUCUCCCACUUGCAGUUAAGAGGUUGCUGUUUCACACUGACCUGGCUGUCGCAUAUUUUCUCCCGCUCCAUCCUCGGUGUCCCUUAGCUGACUCCCAUCAUAGAAUUCCUGACUGUGGGUCUGGAAUUAUGAUACAAUAAUCUUUAUUGUCAUUGUCCCAUACAGAACAAUAAAACUGAAAAAAACUACAUCAGACAUUCAAAAACCAACAAGCCUGCUAACCCAGCUAUCCCAGCCUGUUUAGCCCCCUAAAAACUCUGAUACCCCAUAAUUGAAUACAAUAUACUCCCAUAGAGACUACCUUACACUGCGUUUAAAACCAAAAUCGCAUUUGGAUAGAAACUGUUUCUCAGGCGGCUGGUCCUAGUCUUUAUAACCCUGUACCUUCUUCCAGAAGCUGAAAGAGAUCAUUUCUGGGGUGCGCACUAUCCUGCGCUAUCUCUGCAGCUUUCUUAUGGCACCCGGAAGCAUAGAUAUGAUCCAAGGUAGGGACGCGGGUGGCGCUGUGGGUUAAACCACAGAGUCUAGGACUUGCCGAUCAGAUGGUAGGUGGUUCAAAUCCCCGCGACAGGGUGAGCUCCGGUUGCUUGGUCCCUGCUCCUGUCAACUUAGCAGUUCGAAAGGACCUCAAAGUGCAAGUAGAUAAAUAGGUACCGCUGCGGUGGGAAGGUAAACAGCGUUUCUGUGUGCUGCUCUGGUUCGCCAGAAGCGGCUUGGUCAUGCUGGCCACAUGACCCAGAAGCUGUACACCGGCUCCCUCGGCCAAUUAAGCGAGAUGAGCGCCGCAACCCCAGAGUCGUUCACGACUGGUCCUAAUGGUCAGGGGUCCCUUUACCUUUAUCUAUGGAGAGUGUAACCAAUUAUUCUCUCCGCAGUCUUUACAACCUUGGACAGCAUUGUUUUUUUCCCUGACCGUGCAGCUCCCAAACCACACACAGAGACCAUAAGUUAAUACACUCUUAACAGUACAAUGGUAAAAUGCCAUCCACGGGUCCUUUGAGAGAUUCUGGUGUUCAGUCCCUGGGCCAGUGCUCCAAAACAAGUUAGCAGGUAACUGAGGGUGAGCCCUGUUUGGGCAGAGAGCAGCACCAACAUUUUUCAAAUUCAGAGCGCAUGAGCUCAGGUAACCUGGCCAGUGGCCCAGUUUUCUUUCUGUUGUCAUCUGCUCUUAACCAGAAAAAAAAUGCCUGCGCCAUAAUGAGCAGUUAUUACUCAACCACGAACACCCACGAGGCUAAAUCUGCUUCCUUUACCAUCAUGUCCUUUUGGAAACUGCUGUUGGUAUAUGAGGGAGCUCUAGGUCUUUAAAUACUGCGUUCUCCCUCUCUUGGGUCCUGUGUACACAUCUUUUCUGGCUUUAACGUUUAACUGUUACAUACAAGUGCCGAUUUCAACCACAACAGGCUGUUUUCCAUGCAAAAAAGGCUACAUUUUACAGUCAUUACAAGGUCGCUACAUUUUGCCCUGCUACUACUAAAUCAGGGUUUGGGCCAAAAUAUUUUUUAUUCACAAUAAGAUUUUUUUAAAAAAAACGAAAACAAAACACACCUGGAAAAGACUUCGGAAAGUUUAAUGCUUAGCGAUAACUAUUUUCAUAACAUAGUUUACCAUUGCAUUUCUGUGCUUGGCCAGUAGAGGGAAGCACAAUCCCAUCAUAAACAUUGAUAUUCUCAUUUCAUCCCUCUUUACAUUAGUUACUGACUUGUAGGCUUGAGGGGAGACAAUAAUAAUAAUAAUAAUAAUAAUAAUAAUAAUAAUAAUAAUACCACCGUACAUAGGUCCUCUCUCCCAGUGCAAAUCCUUGUACACAGUCUUCACAGAACCUCCGAAAGGGACUGUGAUUUUUUCCCCUCUGUUGCAAACUGCUUUUUGAGAGACUUGCCGAAUUAAUUGUCUGGGUUUUCCCCCUCCUUAGAUUUAAAGGAAGCAAGAAGGAUGACCUCUUGGGCAUUUCUUACAACAGGCUGAUAAGGAUAGAUACAGCCACCGGGGACCCAAUUACGACAUGGAGAUUCUCAAAUAUGAAACAGUGGAACGUCAACUGGGAGAUACGGCAGGUAAAGACAAAGGUUUCCUGGAGCAAACUUGCCUCUCGCACUGCGAUUUAACCUUUUGCACAAAUAAACCUGGCAAACAGCCCUUUUGUGAUGUAUUUGAAAUGCAAAACAAUAUACCCGUUGUACAUAGAAACCCUUAUAUGAAUGCAGGGAGGAGGACCCGUGGCCCUACAGCGGCUAUUGGACUACAACUCCCAUAAUCCUUUAUUGCUGGCCAUGUCAGCAGGGGCUGAUGGGUAUUGUAGUCCAAUAACAUCCGGAGGGCCGCAGGUUCCCUAUCUCUGCAUUAAUGUGUUUCCUAAUCUGCAUCACGGAGGGACGCGGGUGGCGCUGUGGGUUAAACCACAGAGCCUAGGACUUGCCGAUCAGAAGGUCAGCGGUUCAAAUCCCUGCGACGGGGUGAGCUCCCAUUGCUCGGUCCCUGCUCCUGCCAACCUAGCAGUUCGAAAGCACGUCAAAGUGCAAUUAGAUAAAUAGGUACCACUCCGGCGGGAAGGUAAAUGCCGUUUCCGUGUGCUGCUCUGGUUCUCCGGAAGCGGCUUAGUCAUGCUGGCCAUAUGACCCGGAAUCUGUACGCCAGCUCCCAUUAAAGCGAGAUGAGCGCCACAACCCCAGAGUCGGUCACGACUGGACCUAAUGGUCAGGGAUCCCUUUAUUUUUACCUUAUUAUGCAUCACAUCCCCAUUCACAGUAUUAUACUUUAUUAUAUUGGGUGGUUUUUCAUCACAUUGGGCUGUUUUAUUCACUACGAUUUUUAUUUAGGGACUUCACGAUCUCCACCAUGAUAUAAAAUAUCGCUAUGGAGUUUCUAUCUUUAACGGUCAUUUGAAGGAAAACUGGGAGUAUGGGAGACAUAAAUGCGAUGAAUGCGAGGGGAUAGAGCAUGGCGUAAACUCAGCUGGGAGUCACAAAAGAUAAUCUCUGAAAUACGUUCACAGUUUCAGGGCAAAGAAGCAAAAACACUUCGCAGAAUGCAUAAUUCACUUGACAGAAUUUGCUGCUGCAAGAAGCAUUGAUAGACACAAGCUGUCAAGGGGACCGAGGCAAAUUCAUGAGAAAAAAGUCUAUCACAGUCUUUUAGCAGUUGCGGCUAAACAGAACCUCCAAAUGCAGGGGCAGUCUAGCCUCCUAAUGCCAGUGACUGGUGGGAAAGGUUGGGCCUUAGUGCCUUCGGGCCCUGCCUACAGGCUGUGUGGCGGCAUUGGAUAAAAGAUGCACGGUUAAAUGGGCCAUUGGUCCAAUCCUGUAUAUCACAGGCUUCCUCUCUGGCUAUCGCCUUCCUCCCUCUAUUCUUGGCGGUUUAAUUGUGCUUUUUAUAUAUAUACCUCUUUGCAUUUCCCCUUCAGGUUGCAAUUGAGUUUGACCAGAACGUGUCUAUUGCUUUCGCUUGCCUGAGCGCAGACUGCAAGGUGGUCCACGAAUACAUUGGAGGUUACAUCUUCCUGUCCACCCGUUCCAAAGACCAGAACGAAACGCUGGACGAGGACUUGUUCCACAAGUUAACUGGAGGAUGGGAAUAAGGAGAGGAGAAGCAAGAAGUUGAUCAACAACUCCAAAAUGCGAGUGCCUCCUCUAGAUCCAUCUUGGUUUUGAACCUGAGAAGUUUAAACGGGUGUAUCUCAGUAACCUUUUGAAAAAGAAACAUAAGCUUACCUCAAGGGUUGAUCUACUUUGGGUGUAAAUACUUGGAGCAGGGGUGGCUAACCCAUAGCUGUCAACUUACAGAUUUGAAAAUAAGGGACCAGCAGCCUCGAAAAUAAGGGAUCAGCAGCCAAAAUAAGGGAUUUUCCGGGCACAGGUAUGUUCAACUUCUGAGCCCCUCUGAGCCAAAGGCAGAAAGCCCAGCCAGCAGCCAAAUGAAGCCUCAUCAAUAAGGGACAGCAGCAGGACAUGGCACUGGGAUAAGGGACUGUCCCGCCAAAUAAGGGACACUUGACAGCUAUGGGCUAACCCGUGUCCCGCCGAAUGCUGUUCAACUCCCAUUUUUCCUGACCACUGGAUGUGCUGGCAGGACCGAUGGGAGUUGUAGUCCAUAUAAUCAAGACGGCCCUCACGCUCCCCAUCCCUGACUUGGAGCCUACUGGGCAACAACAAACCUAAAGCCCACUGUAUUGCAACCAUGUACCUGCAGCAGAGAUGUGGAGCCUGCAAUCUUCCAGGUGAUACUGCAAUCCAAGCCGCACCAGCCCCAGCCAGCAUGGACCGGGAUGAUGGAAGUUGUAGUCCAAGAGUACUCUAUCCCUGAUCCCUGUAGAGCACAUGGUUUUGGCUUAUCCGUAAUCUUUAUUGGCGUGUGACGCUAGGGAGCCUGUGAAAUCCAGUUAAGGCUCCAAUGCAGCAAAUACUUUAGAGGACAAAUCCAGCUUCCUUUUGUGCCUCCUAUUCCUCACCUCCGCUCACUCCCGAACCCCUUAGGCAUGGUCCAUCCGUCUCAAGACACAUUGGACUGCUCCGUUGGGGGAGGAGUCAAUCCUCUGGAGAAUCACGGCGUCUGCUGUGGCUGCAGAGACCAGUAACUUGUAACCACUGCCUUCUGCGUUGUUUUUGCUGUAUCGGCAGCACCAAAGUGAUCUCUCUGGGGCGCAGGCCUGGGCAGUGUGUAUGGAGGACCUGGGCUGCCCAGAUAACAAGACUCGGUCCAGUGGCCUCGCUGAUGUGGUCCAAAAGAAACCAGAGCGAUAUGUUUGGCACCAGUUUGGCUGCAGGAGUUGCCAGAAGGAGUAGUAGUAGUAGUUUGGAUUUGAUAUCCCGCCUUUCACUCCCUUUAAGGAGUCUCAAAGCGGCUAACAUCCUCCUUUCCCUUCCUCCCCCACAACAAACACUCUGUGAGGUGAGUGGGGCUGAGAGACGUCAAAGAAGUGUGACUGGCCCAAGGUCACCCAGUAGCUGCAUGUGGAGGAGCGGGGAAUCGAACCCGGUUCCCCAGAUUACGAGUCCACCGCUCUUAACCACUACACCACACCACAUACAAGAUUACAUUCAACUGUCUCCAGAUGUGCGCUUAGCCUUUUCGUUUCCUAAAGAUGUCCCACAAUGCAUCAGGUAUGGAUUUUUCCUUGGGGUUCACUCCCGAAGACUACGAACUGUCAGACACACACACAAGCAUGGCAUACUGUGAAAAGCAUUUAUUUGAAUUCAUUAAUUCCGAUGACUUUUCCUUACUGCUUAAAUAAGACAAGAAAACAAGUGCCACCAAAAGAUUUAAUGUUAUUUUUAGGGUGUUGUUGCACCUGGACAUUUUGUUGUUGUUCUUGUUCUUCUCAUGGAAAGGAUUUUAUCAACGUCCUCCCAGUUUUUGCUGCAAUUGCUCAUAUUUUCAUAAGACAUUAGUACCUGCUUUUUGUACAGUGCUUUUUGCAUUUUGUAAAGCUUUGCAACUAGCGCCUUGCUGUAGGGAAACUACAGUUUUAAUUUCGUGCCAUCUUCUGAAGUAAUUUAACUUCCAGCUUGUUUUUAACGUUUAGUCCUUUUCAUAUUUUAUAUCAAAACUGUUGGCGUGUAGUAAUGAACCUACUGAAACAAUAAUUUUUUAAGCUGUGUAAUAGAGAUUUUAAAAUAAAUACAUUCUUGCAAAACAAUAGUAUCCCAGUGAUGCUUCCAGGACUUCCAUGAAAGCCUCUUCUUCUACACUUAUUCUAUUCUGC